AUGGGCACUUCUAAAAUGCUCCCUUUUGUUAUUCAUAUUCUUGUUCUGUUUUCACUUUCUUUUGAGACAGCAACAUUAGAAAACCGAGAGGGAAGAGCCCUUCUCAAGUGGAAGAACACCUUAUCCAAUACUCAUGAUGUUCUUCAUUCAUGGUCCAUUGCUAAUCUUGACAACGUUUGCUGGAAUUGGAUGGGUGUCACCUGCAACAAUGUUGGAGCUCUUUAUGAGAUAAAGUUGGAAAAUUUGAACCUCUCAGGUACACUUGAAAGCCUUGAUUUCAUUUCAUUUCAAAACCUCACCCAUUUUAGCCUCUAUAAUAACACCUUCAUUGGUUCAGUUCCAUAUACUAUUGCUAACCUCUCGCAGCUAAGGUCUUUGGAUCUUAGUUGGAACUAUUUCCAAAAUUUUAUACCAACCGAGAUUCAAAGGUUAACAAAGCUUAGGUCCUUGAACCUUGGAGAAAACAAUCUCAAAGGUACUAUCCCCUCUCAAAUAUUCUCCAAUAUGAGCAAGCUUCGAUAUUUCGAUUGUAGCAAUAAUCUAUUCCAAGGGCCAUUUCCAAGAAACUUAGUCAAGCUAUCCAUGCUUAAAGAACUUUCACUAGCUGAAAACCAAUUCUCUGGUUCAAUACCUCCUACAAUUGGAAAUCUAAGUUCACUAAGGGUUCUUGAUCUCAGCGACAACAUGUUGCAAAGAACUAUUCCUCUAACUCUAUGCAAUCUUCACUCCCUUGAAUAUCUUGAUUUAUCUAAAAAUAGUUUGGAUGGUGUAAUUCCAAAAUGCUUGGGAAAUGUAACCUCACUGUUAUCUCUUUCUAUUUCUUCUAAUAUCCUGCAAGGAAGUAUCCCAAAAACAUUAUGCAAUCUUCACUCACUUGGAGUACUCUACCUAGAUAGUAAUAGUUUGAGGGGUUCGAUUCCACCUUGUCUAGGAAAUGUAACCUCACUAAACUAUCUUUCUCUCAGUUCCAACAUCUUACGAGGAAAUAUUCCCAAAGGACUAUGCAAUCUUCAACAAUCCCUUGAAGUGCUCAUUUUAUCGAACAAUAGUUUGGAUGGAUCAGUUCCUCAAUGCCUGGGAAAAUUGAAAUUUUUGACAACUCUAAUUGUUUCUAAAAACCAGCUUCAAGGCAUGAUAACUCCAACUCCAACUCCAACUCCAACACUUCGAAAUGACACAAAUCAAACAACAAAUUCUAGUUUGAUUUAUGCAAGGGAUACAUGGUUGUGUGGUUUGAGUUCCUUGAAAUUUCUUGAUCUGUCAGAUAACAAUUUGCAUGGUCCACUACCUCAGUGUUUAGAGAACUUCAGCAGGGAACUUGUGGUUAUUAAUUUAGCCAGAAAUCAAUUUCAAGGAUUUAUUCCAGGAGUUUGCACAAACAAAAAUAGCUUGGAGUAUUUCAAUUUGAAUGGCAAUCAGUUUUCAGGGUCAUUGCCCCAAGAUUUGAUAAAUUGCAACAACCUUAAAUUUAUAGAUCUUGGAGACAACAUGUUACAUGAUUCAUUCCCUCAUUGGUUAGAUACUCUUCCUGAUUUGCGGGUUCUUGUGCUGCGAUCUAACCAAUUUUAUGGUGAAAUAUGCACUUCUAACACUACACUUCCAUUCCAAAAACUGCAUAUAUUUGAUAUCUCAAACAAUGAGUUCAGUGGUCCUUUGCCAAGAUAUUAUAUGAAAAACUUUGAAGCCAUGCAGCAUACAAAUGAUGAUGGGGCACUAUCAGCUUUUGAAGCUUCAAUAAGCUUAGUUUGGAAAGGGGUAGAGGUUCAAGUGGUGCAUUAUGAUAUCUUCACACUCCUUGAUUUAUCCAACAACUUCUUCCAUGGUGUGAUUCCAAGAUCUUUAGGAAAGCUUUGCUUCAUUCGGUUUCUCAAUCUUUCGCACAACCAGCUCACGGGCAAUAUUCCAUCAUCAUUGGGAAAUUUGACCCUCCUUGAGGUAUUAGAUCUAUCAUGUAACCAACUAGCGGGCAACAUUCCCAGGCAGCUUUCAAGAUCAUUAACAUUUCUAGCUGUACUCAAUCUUUCUUAUAAUCAUCUCUCUGGUCCUAUACCACAUGGCUCACAAUUUAACACAUUUGGCAAUGAUUCCUAUUUGGAAAACAUGGCUCUUUGUGGACUACCCCUCACAUUAAAAUGCCAAGACAUGGGUGAAGGGAAAACAUCAAAUGAGAAGGAUUCACAACAUUUUGGAAGUGGACUUGGCUGGCAAAGUGUUAUAGUUGGAUACUGUUUUGGCGCACCUGUUGGUAUUUCCAUUGGAUAUUUCUUAUUCAAGUAUGGAAAUCUUGGAUGGCUUAAAAGUUAUGUUUUACAGUUUUUGCUAUUGCCAUUUUUGUUCUAUUGUUGUGAAAUUGUAGUUUUUGGUUUGCAUUCGAUUAAACCCUUUUGGCCGUCCUCUGUCAACCAGCCAAUGAAUGAUCCAAUUAAGCAUGGGCAAUGUGGUUUUUUCAUGUCUUCAGUCAUCUUCUUAUACGCGUUGAUUCUUCCGAUUUCUACUCUUCCGAUGAAUAUUUCCUCCAUUUUUGUGCUGGAGUCUUCCUCAAAUGCCGGCGAGCCCGUUUAUUCGAAGGUGAUAACCAGUAUUGUGGUUGUCUUUGUUGUGUUUGCUUGCCUUGUUAUCAGCCUCGCCGUGUUUUUCUUCCUCCACCACCGUCGCUACAGCGAGAAGAGCCACCGGCAAAAGACCGACAAUCUCCGCCUUGUCCCGCCUAAUGCCACACCUUCCGACGCAGGCUUCGGUGGCGAUACUAUGAAGAAACCCCGGCUUCCGUGUACGAGGCUGCCCUGCUAUCAAACCAAGGCUUCGUCAACCAGUUCGGAAUUUCUUUACCUCGGUACGCGGGUGAGCUCUUGGGAAGUAAACGAAGAUCAACUAACUCGCUGCGAAAUCGCCACCCAACCUCCUGCCCCUCGGGGAUCUCAUGAGACAGAAAUAGUCCCAACCUUAUUGAUUGGAUCUCUCAGCGAGGGUCUGAAGAGCCAUUUAGGGCUUAGAGUAGCUUUCCCAUUUCGAAUUUGA